UUUCGCUAAGAGAUGGCGACUUGUACGCUGUUUGAAAAUUAACCAACGUUCAUUCGUCACCAACAGAUGGCGACAGUGUAUCGCCUGGAAGCCGUGCGAAAUCUGUUCAACUAUUUCAAAUUGUGCGCAACUUAGUUUUUGUGUUGUGAUCGGAAGUUCUAAGGUAACGUCAAAUUAUGGGACGAUCUAGACGGUGAAGGUCUGUAAUCAUGCGUUUCUCGAGAUGCUUCGGCUCCUGGAAAUUCAGAACUCUGAUGUGUUACGUGUUCGGAAACGUAAUCGCGGCCAAUAACGACAUGAACCAGAGCUUCGAGCGUAUGUUUAAAUGGAGGAACUUGCAAGAAGGCUUCGACGAAGCUAAGAUUGUCAGGAAACCGAUAUUCCUUCUCAUCUACAAGACAGGCUGCCCUACUUGCGACAAGCUGAAGCCCAAAUUCACCAAGUCCAUUAGACUCCACGAUCUCAGCCAAUACUUCGUUAUGGUGAAGGCAAAGAAAGGUGAAAUGUCCCCGAUAUACGAGGCGAGAUUCCAGCCGGAUGGAAAUUACGUCCCUAGAAUUCUGUUCUUCACUCCGGACGGCGAGUUUAUGGAGGACAUUUAUAAUCGUCAUCUGCAAGCCGACAACAAGUGUAAAUACUUUUACAGUAACGCGACUCAAAUUAUAGACAGCAUGAUUUUGGCAUUGGAACGCUGUCCCAAAGAGUAGUUACAGUCUCCGAAAAAAGGAACUCUCAUAAAAUAAAACUUUGAAAUUAAAGCGUUGCACAUCAUGUUCAUGAACAAUACAUACACAGUAUUGUUUCUGUAAGUUAAAUGUAUUGCGAAUUAAGAUGAAGUAAAAAUUUAAAAAAGGAAUAAAUAGUGACAAAAGGUCAGCGCAUAAAUAAUGAUUUAAUAUGUAAUGGAAAUCGCGCGGUGUUAACUUUCUCUCUCUCUCUAACACGAGAGGUUCGAGUUUUAUGAAU